AUGGCGUCUACCCCUUCAGCUUCCUCCUCCACAGGCACCGUAGAAGCCGCGAAGAUGGACGUCGGCGACACAAUAUUGGGCUCGGGCAGCUUUAGCGCUACGGAUUCGGAGACGCACCAACCGUUAGCAGGGUCGCCUACCACAGGGACCGACAGUGACUCCUCUAGUAUGAGCACACCUCUGCUAGUGGGGAUCAUCGUGGCCUCGGUGAUCGUCUUCGUUGCGGUCCUGUUGGUGAUUCGAUCCCGACGUCGACGGUACGAGCCCAAGUUGUUCUCCUCCAGCAACGCCUCCGCCUUCCAGAGAUCUCAAGCUACUGGUCCGAUCGUCACAGUUCCAGUGGCUCCUGCUGCCAGUGCACCGCCACUUCCUCUUGAUGAGAGGCAUACGGACGGCGAUGCUUGGAGGGACCUUUCCGAGACUUGCUGGUCUAUUGGCCCGGGCAGUGACAGCGAGACUGAAAGCGAGCGGUUCUCCAUUGCUGCAGGCUCAUACUUACCAAGUGGAGCGCUGGUUCUGAGGCCUCGCCGGUUGUCGACGCUCUCAGACGAUAUCGCUGAUAUUGAUGAGGACGGAGUUCUUCAUUUGGAGGACCUUGAGGUGGACUCGCUCGAUGACUCGUCUCGACGGCGGGACCGCGUUAUGAGCUUUAUGGAUGACUGGUCUCCUCGAAGAGAGAGGGGCAUCAGCAUGCUCGACGACUCGUCCCCUCGACGAGUACGAGGUCUCAGCGCGCUGGAGAGCCGACGGAAGGCCAACUCGCUCGCUGACAUCGUAGACACCAACAAGUCUGGAGGCUCCUACUUCUCGGUGGACUCGGACUACUACGACGAAACGAUUAAAGACUGCAGCUCGGUCCUCUUUGACGACGACAGCGACAGUGACAGUGACAGUGGUGACAGCUUGCGGGAGGAAGAAUUCUAG